ACCCACCUAUUCGGUGUGCAUUGUAGUAGUAGUACUUUCUUACUUCGGCUCUGGGGACAGGGGCAUCGACACGGUUGCAUCUCCAAAAUGAAGGAAGCAAAAAUUCCUUUGCAUAUUCUGAGCUCUUCUAGAUGCUACUAGACUCUUCACGAAAGCUCUCCCUCUACUCCACUUUCUGAACCUUAAACCCUGGGUGGCUCGGUGUCAUUGAAGAACAUAUAGCAUCAGCCCAUAGUCACAAGAAAAAUGUUCGGAGUGGUAUUCCCCAACCGAAGCUUCCCAAUCGACAUCUCCAGCUUCACCCAAAUCGACACCUUCCAUUGGAUCCUCGAUAUGAACACCUUCGUUGGUGAGGCCUACGAUCAAAUUCGUGAGAUGUGCAUCUUCCUUUUGAACAACUUCACUUUGCCUCCGGACAAGGCUUUAGCUGUCUACGUUCAGUCCCCUGGCUCACCUUUCGUUUUCUGUGGCGCCGUCACUCUACAACGUCCCUCCGCGGUGCUUUCCCUGCUGUGGCCUGAGGCUGGUGUCCAGAUGCAGUUGACCGCACCUGAUUCUGCCACUCUCUCCGCCAAGAUCGGUGUGUCAGUGGAGGAUCUAGCUGCACUGCCGUCGAUGGAUGUGGCUGCUGAGAAGAAGAUCGAACGGCUGGCAUUGAAAGUUGGGGAGAACUUGUUCAACUUUAUGCAGUCGUUUUGUGGGGUUGAUGGGUCCAAGUUGGUGGUGCCUAUGGACAUUUUGGAUAGAUGGUUUAAGAAAUUUCAGGAGAAAGCCAAGCGUGAUCCUGACUACUUGAAGGGUUUCGCCUUGUAAUUUUCUGUAACUUUCUUUCUCAAGGAACAAUCUCAUAGCCAGUUAUUGUAGCUGCAUGGCUGGCCUCCUUUGUUUUGUUGCAAGUCCCAUCAUCACCCUUAUAGGGGUAAGUGACUUCAGAUGCAAUGCCAUGGUUACGAAUUAUGAAU